AUGGACCGAGCGGACGAAGCGAACUCGACGGCGAACGGGAGCGAACUGGUUACGCUCUACCAAGUGGAGCCGGAGGAGAUCGUCAUCCUCUCCCUCUUCUAUGGGUUCAUCAGUCUGACGGGGACGCUGGGGAACGGACUGGUCAUCUGGAUCGUCUGCACCUCCACCCGACUCCAGAACACGACCAACUACUUCAUCGCCAAUCUGGCUCUAGCCGAUCUCAUCCUCGCCGUGCUCGCCGUCCCCUUCCAGUUCCAGGCGGCGCUGCUGCAGCGUUGGAACCUGCCGUCGUUCCUCUGCCCGUUCUGCCCGUUCUUCAACUGCCUGAGCGUGAACGUGAGCGUGGGGACGCUGAUGGCGAUCGCCGUGGACCGCUACCUGGCGAUCGUGAACCCCCUGUCGCACCGACCGACGGCCUCGGGCGUGAAACUCUGGAUCCUGGUCAUCUGGUCGACCGGAGUCGCCCUGGCGCUCCCGCACACCCUGGCCCAUCGGGUCGUCUACGUCCCGGAUUACGUCCAAGGCGGGAACAAGCCGUUCUGCGACGUCGUGGGCAUGGAUCGCAAGGUCCUCGAUCCAUCCUGCAUCGGCGACGAACGAGGAACACGCGUCGCACAUGAAGCCAUUGAUAGAGUGACGAUCUUCCCACGCGCUGCCGAUCGAUUACGGGAAAAGAAGGAUGAGAUACGCCAUGAUUUGCCUUGA